AUGACUGCCGUCUUAAAAUGUCAAAGCACGUGCCAUACAUUAUACUUUACAGUAGCUAUUUCAACAAUUAUCGCAAAUGCUGUGCAAAAGCUAGCUAAAGCAAUAGCUAAAAGCACGUACAAUGUUGAUGCAGAUUACCUUGCUGGACCUGAACCAGUAUUAUAUAACGUCGAAAACUCUCCGCCUGGCAAGCAUUGGGAAGGCUAUGAUAAAUACCAGUUCACUAAAGAACAAUGUAAAGGCUCUACCAAGAAAUUCAACACCUUCGUUAAGGAAUCCCAUACCGAAGAUAGUCGAUUUCGAGAAUGUCUACUAAGAAUUGUCAGAAAUAAAAGCAAUAUGAAGAAAGUGACAAGAAAAGUCAGAAUCGGAAUCGUUGGAGCUGGUAUGUCGGGCUUGGUUGCUGGAUAUGAAUUAAAACGCCUUGGCUACGACAUAGCUAUUCUAGAAGCCACACAAAGAAUCGGAGGCAGAGCCAAAACAUUCCGAAGUGAAAUUUUCUCGGAUCAUUUACACGGCGAAGCAGGACCAAUGCGUUUCCCUCCAUCUCAUUACCUUACUUUUGCUUAUUUGCAAGAAAUGGGUUUGAGUUGGAACAGCUUUACAACAGCCGGACCUGAAUCUUUAUACUACUUUACCAGUAAAGAUGGUAGAAGCAGGCCCUAUCCAAAAAAGAUUUUUAAUUGGAAAACCAAAGAUUACCGGCACGAUGUUGUCAUGAAGCUAUGUGCUGAUUUUAACGUCGAAUCAAAAGAAUGCAUAUGGCCUGUUAAACGAUUUGAAGAUGCGAUGAAAUCGCAAAUCAAAGAAUUAGAAUUAUGCGGAUGGGAACAUAUGAUGCAGAAAUAUGACCAAUACUCAACCAGAACAUUUUUGGAAUCCUUGAUGUGGUCAAAAAAUUAUAUUACUUUCCUAUCCGUGGUUAUUAAUCAAGAAAACUUUUUGGAUAUUGGUUUUAUCGAGUAUUUUAAGGAUUAUGUUGGGCAAUUUUGGAGCGAUAAUGCCUAUUAUUCAUAUCCAAAGAAUGAUUCCGACAAUCUUUAUCGUGGAUUACCUAGAAGCCACUUACAUCAAGUAAUGAACGGUACUGAUGCUCUACCAUCUGCAUUCUAUAAACAUUUAAAAGACAACUUAAUAUUUGGCGCACUGGUUCGUAGCAUUAAGCAAUCAGACAGUCUAGCUACCGUCGAAUAUACCGUUCAAAACUCCUAUAAAAAGAAACUCACCUUCGAUUUUGUCUUGAUUACAUUGCCCUUCACCGUCUUACGAGAUGUUCUUACUGAUCCUCCAUUUUCUCCGGCCAAAAGGCAAUCUAUCCGAGAGUUUCAUUACAUCAGUGCAACAAAAAUUUUACUACAAUUUCGUAAAGCGUUCUGGGUUAAGCCAAAUCCUUUGGUUGCAGCUGAAUUCAAUCAAACCGGCAUCAUUAAUGGAGGUGGCUCAACAACAGAUCUUCCUUUACGAGCGAUUUAUUAUCCGACUGGAAGUGUAAAAUAUGACCAAAGAGCGGUACUUUUAGCAGCAUACACCUGGGAAGCAGAAGCAGAUCGUUGGGGAUCUUUGGAUGAAAAUUGUAGAUUACGUCGCGCACUAGAAUAUGUAGCUAAAAUGCAUGGCGAUCAAGCCUAUGAUCUUUUUGAAACUGGAACAUCACAAGUAUGGAAGAACCAACCUUAUACCGGAGCUGCGGUUUCUUACUUUUAUCCUCAGCAACGUGAACUGUUAUUCAGAAACAGCUAUAGUCGAGAAAGACGCUGCUUCUUUGCCGGUGAACAUACUUCGUUUACCCAUUUUUGGAUUCAAGGAGCUAUACAGUCGGCACUUCGUGCAGUAAUCCAAAUUUAUCAAGCAUCAAGCGUCGAUUCUAAAGCGGCUGAUCCUGUAUCAAGGAAGGAAUAUUAUCCAGACAAAAAACGAGAUUAUAUCCAACUAAAACCAUCGAAAGGAAUUGAACAGAAGAUAUUAUGUAAAGAAGAUGUAAUGUCUAUUCAUCAGUCGAUGGCUGUUAAAGCAAGAGAAUACGGUGAAAAUACAAGGUUUUCAGUCAUGGUUAACAUUCUAAAAGGCAACAUUUAUGCUGAAAUUAAUGGCCAAGCAGCGCGAUUAGAUUCAGGAGCUACUUUAUUUAUUCCUCAGGGCAGUACCUACAUGAUUACGGCAAAUACUACUACUCAAUUACUUAAAUAUUCUCCAUCAAAUAAUGAAAUUUGCCAACAGGUUCAACAAAAAUCUAUCGCGUUUAAAAUGCACUCCAAGCAUCAUCAUGCUACUCUCUAUUUUACCGACGGCAAUGCAUCUAACUUGAACAAAACUGGAUAUUUAUUCGGCAUCGCAUCACUUAAUAAAUUUUUAAAAGGGUAUACGAUGUCCAUCCAACAAAGAAAUGUUGCACAUGUCGCCGACGGGAUUGUUACAAAUGAUAAAUUGAUGCCUUCUAUGAUUGCAUUCCUAUCAAGCCAAUCUAAAAGGACUUUUACAGCGCAAAUGAAGACAUCACAACGUGAAAGUAGCGAUACUUUCAAGGAAGUCAUGUCAAAUAUCGAAGAGUUCAAUUCCAAUUCUCCAUUUUGCUUUCGAGGAAGUACUUCGUUCAGUAGUCUAGAGGCUGUGGAUAUAGAUCAGCGACCAAUGAUAAAACAUAACGUUAAAGCUAUUGUUAGUGGUUGUUAUGUUGAUUUUAAAAAAUUGCAGUCCAACCAACAACCAGAUCUUGGUAAAUUAUGGCAUAGCAUCUCCGGUAAAGGAGAAUCAAGUUUUAUUUUAGCUGCCGAAUCAAAAACUGGCGUUUUGACUGAAAAGGUCAUAAUUGUCUAA